UCACGCGAAGUUAUUUAUCUACCGGAGGAGCUUUAUUUUACAAAUAUAUUACAUUGAUUUUCUAUUGUCUGUCUUAUUGAUAGAACUUUUGUUCACACUUCAUGAAUUCUAUUCUAAAAUAAAGCAAUAAUUAAUUCAUUAGUUGGUUAAAUAGAAUACCACAAAAUGUUAAUUGCUUCUUUUGCGAGAUACCAAUGGCCGUAUAGUAUAAGUGUUAUUAGAUGUUUUUCUGUGCGGGAACUAUAAAUUGAAAUGUUUCUAUUCAAGAAUGUGAUUAUGGACACUUUACAUUGGAGGAAAUGGUUUCUUUUUCUAGUCAUAGCCUUAAGUCGCAGGCUAGAUUUGGUUAAUGGCUUGAAGUGUUACUGCAAUAUCGAAAGUUCUAGCUGCCCUAACUCAACAUGUGAAACUGAUGGUUUUUGCUAUGCUUCAACUACAAUCGACAAUGGGGUGCAAAAAUAUACUUACCAUUGUAUCGAGCUGAAAGCUUUGAUACCCAUCGAGCACCCCUUCAGUUGCUCCACUACAAGAACUCGAAACGAAUCAGUGGUGAUAGAGUGUUGUAAGUCACAUGACAUGUGCAAUCGAGAACUGCGUCUGGAGAUACAGUCGAAGCCGCCAGGUAGGAGCCACGUGGAAGCCACGAGCUCAUCAGCGACGGCAUGGCAAGUAGUGCCUUGGAUUAUGGGUUUGAUGGUGCUGGGAGUGUGCGCAGCAAUCAGUAUAUGGCUGAUCAAGAGGCCUGGCCGUAAGGGCCAUUCGUUACCCCCAUAUGCACCGGAAGACUCGCUUUGUGAAACCCGCCACCCAAUGAUCAAGACGACAAUUCGUGACAUGAUCGAACUUACCACCUCUGGAUCGGGAUCUGGAUUGCCACUGUUAGUUCAACGUUCCAUUGCAAGGCAGAUUCAGCUGAUGGAUAUCAUUGGUAAAGGCCGUUUCGGCGAGGUGUGGCGUGGUCGUUGGCGCGGGGAGAAUGUCGCCGUCAAAAUAUUCUCCUCUCGCGAGGAAUGCUCUUGGUUCCGCGAAGCAGAGAUUUAUCAAACGGUCAUGUUGCGCCAUGAGAACAUACUUGGAUUCAUCGCUGCUGACAACAAAGAUAACGGUACCUGGACACAACUGUGGCUGAUCACUGACUACCAUGAGAAUGGAUCUCUCUUCGACUUCUUGACCACUCGGACCAUUGACUCCAAUACGCUCGUCACUAUGGCAUUGUCUAUUGCUACCGGUUUGGCUCAUUUGCACAUGGACAUCGUUGGCACCAAAGGUAAACCAGCGAUCGCCCAUCGCGAUCUGAAGUCAAAGAAUAUCCUCGUGAAGAGCAAUUUGACCUGCGUCAUCGGCGACUUGGGUUUGGCCGUGCGACACAAUGUGGCGAGUGAUUCCGUUGAUGUGCCUUCUACCAACCGUGUCGGAACCAAGCGCUAUAUGGCGCCCGAGGUGUUGGACGAGAGCAUGGACUCGAGGCAAUUUGAUCCCUACAAGCGUUCGGAUGUCUACUCGUUUGGGCUGGUGUUGUGGGAGAUGGCGCGCAGGUGUGGGAGCAUGCCCGACGAGUACCAGCCUCCGUACUAUGACUGCGUGCCUCCGGACCCCGCAUUGGAGGACAUGAGGCGGGUUGUGUGCACUGAGAAGAGACGACCCAACGUACCCAAUCGAUGGCACUCGGAUCCGGUGCUGUCGGCUAUAUCGAAAGUGAUGAAAGAGUGCUGGUAUCAGAACCCGGCCGCUCGGCUCACGGCGCUGCGAAUAAAGAAGACGCUCGCUAACAUCGGCACUGCGGAUCAGAUAAAAUUGUAAAAUGUGGAUCAACGCCAGGUUUCACUCGCAUUCGUGUUUUCUCACCCUGUCCCAUUCUAUCAUUUAGAAACUGCCAACGUUAGAGCGGGACGGACGAAUGUUUCUCUCGGUUGUUCUAAGUGAUAGAAAAGGGUGGUAAAUAUCGAAUUCGGUCUGUAAAGAUGGAGCUUGGCUCGUAGGCCCCAGUCGGUGAGGAGAGUUCUUGCCUGUUACAUUCGAUAAACCGUUUUUAGAUGAUGUGAGCUGUAUUAUGUGUGUUUAACUUUGCCAAGAUGGUAGCUCUCUUCAUCGAAAUUGGCCUUAGGUUGGGAAUAUAUUAUGUAUUUUGUGUCCGAUUUUGUGACCGUCCGCCGGAUCGAAUUGGGUUUUUUUUUUACUCAGAUAUAUCGUUUACGCUUUUUUUUAGUACGCCAUAAGCAAUGAUUUAUAGUAAGGAUUAGUAUGUAACAGCUUUGCCUUCGUAUUAAGAAAUUUUAAUUUUUGAUCAAUAUUUUUCUUGCAGAUCUUAUUUUUGUGUUAUUAUUAUUGUUUUAUUUUUUUGUGUAAAUUAUAAUAGAUUUAUUAGACUACGUUCCCACACAUAAUUUAGACAAACGGAUUCGGACCGGAUAGGUAGUUUUAUUUGAUUUAUAUUCCCAGCCUCGGUACCUUCAAUAAUACUAGCCAUUAUAUAUAUAUAAUUUUCCAGACAUUCUAAGCAAUAUAUAUUGUAGAGAUUUAGUGGCUUUUGCUUAGUUCUGUAGUGACACAGCUAGACAUGUAGUUGGUUAUUUACAAGAUUUGACAUUUAUAGACUAUAAAUAAUAUUUAUAUUACAGCUAUUGGUACAAUUAUUCUACGAGCCUUACAUGUAGUUAUAUAUUUGCUAUUGUAGGUACGUCUAGUUUUGCUUUCGGCGCCAUUGCGAAGACUAGAGUUUUUAGUGCUUAAGUAUGUGUAAAUAUGAAUGAUAGGUGCUUUUGUUGAUAUUCGGUUUACAAUUUUUAAUAUUGUUAAAUUAUGAUGAUGGUUACGAUGUAUUAUUGGAGGUGACUCAAAUGGAAUAAUUAGCCGCGAACGUGGAGUCCAUGCUUCCGUGAUAAUAAAAAUAAAAUUAAUUAAAUACUAUAUCAAAGCAGAAAUAAGAGGAAAUUAAUAUACUCACUGACACGCAGUUCGAGUUAUCAAUUACUAACAGGGUAUAUUGUAAGGUGAAAUCUAUGUUGCAACAUUUAGAGUUCAAACGUUAACAAGAGUUGUGAUAUGUUACUUGAUAGAAAUUGUUAGUGUUUUGAUCAAAAACAUUAAAAAAAAGUCUAUAAUAAGCGGGAAGUGUGGACUCCGUGUGAGCUCGAGUGGUCCGCCUAGUCUUCUCCCCUCAUCCUACCUCUUAGAUUGUAAUCAACUAAUAAUGGGAUCCCGUUUGAUGUAAUUGGUUUUCUCUCUUCGCCCUGUUUGGUCAUGCGUGUCUAUAUACGUGAGAUUUUUGCGGCGACAUGUGAAGAUUCAUUGUAGCGUCUGUUGUGUUUGCGUCGUUUUUAAAUUUCUUUUUUUUUUUUGAUUUUUAAAUGAUUUUUUUUUCGGAUUAGGUAUG